GUGGGCACAGGUGAGUGGCACUGCUGGGCACAGGUGGGUGGCACUAAUGGGCACAGGUGGGUGGCACUGCUGGGCACAGGUAGGUGGCACUUCUGGGCACAGGUAGGUGGCACUGAAGAGUGGCACAGGUGGGUGCACUGCUGGGCACAGGUGGGUGCACUGCUGGGCACAGGUGGGCGGAACUUGUGGGUGGCACUGCUGGGCACCGAUCAUCAGGGCACUGAUCAUCAGUACCCUGAUGAUCGGUGCCGAUCCCUGCUCUAACAACUGCCGGUUCUCGGCAGUACUUUCCUCACGAUCUGACAGUGCAGCCGAGAACCAGCAAUUGCAU